GUAUGGAAGACCAAUGGUUGCUGUCGGCAAUUUAUGAUGAUGAUUUGGUCGAAAAGUUAAAAGUGAGGAGUUCCACUUCAUCAAGAAGUACUUCGAUCAACGUGCCCAGUUUGGAAAAUGAGUUUCUCAGCAGUUCUUCUGGAUCCAGAGUUUCCGAUGAUCUCUACCUGCAUCCUAUUGAAGAAAACAGAGAGCCAUUCAAAUUGAUAGGAAAGCCACUUCCCAGCACUACAGGACGAUUCUUAUCACUUCUCGCCAAUCAUUUUCAAAUCACGUGCAAUGGAUCGAUUAUUCAUCAAUACUAUAUUCGAUUCGAUCCAGAUAUUCCGUCGAAAAAGCUGAACAGAACGAUUUUGAGAACUCUGCAAGAACAGAAUCCCGGACUUAUCGAGUGCCCGUUAGUUUUCGAUGGAAUUCACACUGUGUACUCAACAGAGCUGAUUAAUGUCAAGGAAGUGAAUAAUUCAGUCAUCAAUGUUGCAGGAGUUGUUAAUACAAAAGAAUCACCUAAUCUAUUCAAACUCUAUCUAACACAUGUCGACAGCUUCCUCUUGGAUACUAAAAUUAUCACAGGAAAUCAGGAUCAGAACCAGAAGUUGCGAAUGAUGCAUGCAAUUGAUACUGUCUUCCGUCAAACUUCUACUGGAAAUUUCCAUGCCGUGCUUCAAUCUUUCUUCUCAAUUGCACAAAAUUCUGCAAUCGAACCCUCGCAUGGCCUUGGAUGGGGAACUGUCAAUUUAGGAGUUGGACGAGAAGUUUGCUACGGUUUUUAUCAAAAUGUUGUUGAGACAUUCGAUACACUCACUAUGAAUCUCGACGUUGCAACAACUACAUUCUACCGCCCCGUGGCUCUCGUGGAAUUCCUUGCUGAAAUUCUGGAAGUUCCACUGGCAACAGUCACCGACGGACGUUCGCUGAGCGAUGUUCAAAAGAAAAAGUUCAACCGUGAAGUGGCCGGACUCAAAGUUGAAACCAGACACUGUAGUUGUCCACGAAGAUUUCGUGUCGCCCGUUGCACUUGGAAACCAACUGAAAAUAUUAGUUUCCAUCUCUCCGAGACUGCCGGCAAUCAAGAUUCUAAACCUCUCUCAUUGGUUGAAUACUAUAAAAGGCGUUAUAAUAUCGAUCUGACAUAUAAGCAUCUUCCGUGUAUUGAAGUUGGACGCACUCGAGAAUGUAUUCUUCCUUUGGAGCUUUGUUACGUAGUCAGUGGCCAACGAUGUAUCAAGAAACUGAAUGAACAACAGAUUGCAAAUCUGAUCAGAGCAACGAGCCGAAAUGCAACUGAACGACAAAAUGCAGUCAUGAGCCUUCAGAAUCGGCUGAAAAUGGAUAAUGAUGUCAAUGCGGUUAAAUUUGGAUUAAAAGUUGAAGCUCAAUUGUUGAAGAUUGAAGGACGUGUCUUGCCGGUUCCGCGUCUUCUCUAUCGUUCCCCAAAUUUGAAGAGACAAGAGUGUGUAACAGUUCCGAAUAAUGGAACAUGGGAUAUGAGAGGAAAGAAUUUUUACAGCGGAAUCCAGAUUCGAGAAUGGGCAAUUGUUUGUUUCGCAAGCCCAGAGAUUAUCGGAGAAGCCAGCAUGCGUUCAUUUGUCAGAAAUCUCGUCAAUGUUGCCUCUGAAAUUGGAAUGCCUUUUCUCGAAGAACACCGAUUCUGCAGAUACGCAGAACCAGACCAGACUGUGAAGCUUCUCGAACAUUUGAAUGAACAAUACAAUCUUCAACUCGUUUUAUGCAUUGUCCCCGGAAAAUCUGUAGUUUAUGGAGAAUUGAAACGAAAAGGAGAGCUACUUGGUUUGACAACUCAAUGUGUUCGAUCUCAAAAUGUUUCGAAAGCGUCACCACACACUCUUUCUAAUCUCUGUAUGAAAAUCAACUCGAAACUCGGAGGCAUUAAUGUAAUCCUAUCCUCUCCUCCACAAUCUCUAAAUUCUGAACCAGUACUUUUUAUCGGAUGUCAUUUAACUCGAAGUUCACUCGCCUCAUCUUCUGAUUCCACAUCUUCUAUAGCUCAUUGUGAUUCCUCCAUCGCUUGUCUCGUCGGUUCAAUGGAUGGACAUCCUACUCAGUUUUCUCCAAUCUUUCGUACUCAACCACGUCAUCAAAGAACUAUUGUCGAUAUGUGUGAAAUGACACGUGAAGCUAUUAUCAAUUUCCGAAAGUCUACAGGAUUUAAACCCCACAAAAUUAUCAUUUAUCGUGCUGGAAUCGCAGAUGUGACUGUCGAUGAAAUCAUGCAAACGGAAUUACGUGCUGUACGGGAUGCAUGUGCUAUGAUCGAAUACGGUUUCCAGCCAGGAAUCACUUUUAUUGGGUUAGAUGUCACUCAUCAUACGAGACUUUUUGCAGCUAAUGAAAAAGAUCGCGUCGGAAAUAGUCAAAAUGUGCCAGCUGGAACUCUCGUGGAAACAGGAAUCACUGUGAAUAAUCUCUUCGAGUUCUACCUCGUAUCACAUGCAGGAAUUCAAGGAACUUCUCGCCCGACGAAGUAUGUUGUCAUGUGGGACGAUAAUUCAAUACCAUCUGCCGAUAUUCAUGAGAUGACCUAUCAGCUAUGUCACACUCAAUCCAGAUGCACAAGAAGCGUCUCCAUUCCUUCGCCAGUAUACUAUGCAAAAUUAGUAGCUCAACGAGCAAAAAUAUUGAUGGCUGAUGAGAAUUUUGAUAUGGAACGAUUCCGUUUGUGUGGAAUUGGUCGGAACGAUGGAAUGUCAUUCACCUAAUUCUACGUCAUUUACAUUUCAACUUACUCGUCAUUUACAUCAUACUCACCCGAAAUGCGGGUCUUUUAAAAAGUCAUUUAUCUAUUUAUUUUCUCAUUUUUCACACUAGUUUACAGAUAUUCAAUAUCCCAUUUUUCUAAUAGUCAAUCCACGAUGUCGUUCUUAUUGUUAUAUUUUGUUGUUACAGUCCACCUUUUCAUAGAUCUUGUUCUCAAUUAUACGGUUCCGGACAAAUACUUGUUACUUUUUGUUGUUGUCAUACAUUUUUGUUACAAUUUUCCAUUUUUUGUUGUUUUCUAUUUUCGUGCCAAUAUUUGUGAGUUUUUAUUUUGCGUGCUAAGCAGCGUUUCUCAGAAUAAUUAUGAUAAAGAAUAAGGAACGGGCA